AUGGCUAUGAAUCCCCUCAUCUACCCGCUCCUGGAGAAGAUUCACCCCUUCAAAGACUGUCCGCCCCUGGUGAUCUUCGCUCCCCACUUCAGUCUACCGUCAGGCAUCUCCACCCAACCCAAGGACUCAAAUCUCAAUUAUAAAUCCCCUCAUCUACCCGCUCCUGUAGAAGAUUCACCCAUUCAAAGACUGUCCGCCCCUGGUGAUCUUCGCUCCCCACUUCAGUCUACCGUCAGACAUCUCUACCCAACCCAAGGACUCAAAUCUCAAAAUCCCCUCAUCUACACGCUCCUGGAGAAGAUUCACCCAUUCAAAGACUGUCCGCCCCUGGUGAUCUUCGCUCCCCACUUCAGUCUACCGUCAGACAUCUCUACCCAACCCAAGGACUCAAAUCUCAAAUCACGUCGGGUGAAAAACGGAGGCGUAAAAACGUGCCGUAUUGUCACCAAGCUCGUUCUGACUGAGCCGAACUACAUGCUAUAUGCUACAUACAUGCAGAGCUACAUGCUACAUGCUUUAUACAUGCCGAGCUACAUGCUAUAUGCUUCAUACAUGCAGAGCUACAUGUUACAUGCAACAUACAUGCCGAACUACAUGCUAUAUGCUUCAUACAUACCGAGCUACAUGCUACAUGCCGAGCUAUAUGUUACAUGCUACAUACAUGCCGAGUUACAUGCUAUAUGCUUCAUAUAUUACGAGCUUCAUGCUAUAUGCUUCAUACAUGCAGAGCUUAAUGUUAUAUUUGCUUCAUAUAUGCAGAGCUACAUGCUACAUGCUUCAUACAUGCCGAGCUACAUGCUACAUGCUUCAUACAUGACGAGCUACAUGCUAUAUGCUUCAAACAUGACGAGUUACAUGCUACAUGCUACAUACAUGCAGAGCUACAUGUUACAUGCUACAUACAUGUCGAGUUAUGUACCACAUGCUUCAUACAUGCAGAGCUACAUGCUAUAUGCUUCAUACAUGCCGAGCUACAUGUUACAUGCUACAUACAUGCCAAACUACAGGCUACAUACAUUCCGAAUUACAUGCCGAGCUACAUGCUGCAUCCAUGCCGAGCUACAUGUUAUAUGCUUUAUACAUGUCGAGCUACAUGCUACAUGCCUAAUACACGGCGAUCAUCAGCUGAAUGUCAACACUUUACAAGCAAGUUUUUAUUUUAACAAAAGUGAUUUGUUAGAUUUGUAA